UAAGUUUAUAUUUCACAGUAUUUUUUAAUAUAGCAAGAAACGUUUCUUAUUUAUUAGUAUUAUUACUAAUAAUUUAAAGGAGCGUAUAGGGUAUUCUUUUGUCUAAGUACACUUUAUUUUAUUUUAUUUUUUUUGCAAGACGGGAUUUCAAACACUAAAGUUGAAGGGACCCCUCCUCCGCAAUCAUUAUCAACUGCCUUCCCUCUCUUUACAAUACCGGUCUUAUAAUACAAUUAAAAUGCAAGCAUUUCGAUCCUUAUUAAAAUCAACAUGGAAACCAUUAACUCAAACCCAUCUAUGGACUACACGCACUUCUACAACACACCAAAGUCCCAUUCUUAGUCAAUUGACGAAUUUUACAUUUACAACACCUAUACAAAAGGCGAACAUGGCAACGUUAAAUCAAGUGAUGAAAAAGUGUCGUAAAUCGAAAACAAAACAGAGUAAGGCACCUGCACUUGAAGAAUGCUAUCAACGUAAAGGUGUCUGUAAUAAAGUCUAUACAACUAAACCCAAGAAGCCUAAUUCAGCAGUGAGAAAGGUAGCAAGAGUCAAGUUAACCAAUGGAAAAGUAGUGACAGCAUAUAUUCCUGGUGAAGGUCAUAAUUUACAAGAACAUUCGGUUGUUUUAGUACGUGGUGGUCGUGUACCUGAUCUUCCAGGUGUUCGAUAUCAUCUUGUUCGUGGUGCUUUGGAUCUUCAAGGUGUAGCUACUAGAACAACAAGUCGAUCAAAAUACGGAACCAAAAAGCCCACAAAGAAUUAAAACUUUGAAUACUUGAGAUUAAUAUAUUUAUUUAUA